GCCGAGAGUUUGGUGCCCGGGAGUGGGGUGUCGGCUCCUCAUUCCGGUGGAGCUGAGCGGGAAGACAGGUUGUUAAAGACCUCAGGACAAAAAAAAAAAAUGUUUCAUUUAAGGACUUGUGCUGCUAAGUUGAGGCCAGUGACGGCUUCACAGACUGUUAAGACAUUUUCACAAAACAAACCAGCAGCAAUUAGGACGUUUCAACAAAUUCGUUGCUAUUCUGCACCUGUGGCUGCUGAGCCCUUUCUGAGUGGGACUAGUUCAAACUAUGUGGAGGAGAUGUACUGUGCUUGGUUGGAGAAUCCCAAAAGUGUACAUAAGUCAUGGGAUAUUUUUUUUCGCAACACCAAUGCUGGAGCCCCCCCAGGCACUGCCUACCAGAGCCCUCUUACCCUGAGCCGAAGCUCUCUGGCUUCAGUGGCCCAUGCACACUCUCUGAUGGAGGCACAACCCAACGUUGACAAGCUUGUGGAGGACCACCUGGCAGUACAGUCUCUCAUCAGGGCCUAUCAGAUACGAGGGCACCAUGUAGCACAGCUGGACCCCCUGGGGAUUUUGGAUGCUGAUCUGGACUCCUCCGUGCCCGCUGACAUUAUCUCAUCCACAGACAAACUUGAUCUUGCAGUUUUCAAGGAACGACUUCGUAUGCUAACAGUAGGAGGGUUCUAUGGCCUGGAUGAGUCUGAUCUGGACAAGGUCUUCCACUUGCCAACCACUACUUUCAUCGGGGGACAGGAGUCAGCACUUCCUCUGCGGGAGAUCAUCCGUCGGCUGGAGAUGGCCUACUGCCAGCACAUUGGUGUGGAGUUCAUGUUCAUCAACGAUUUGGAGCAAUGUCAGUGGAUCCGGCAGAAAUUUGAGACCCCUGGAAUCAUGCAGUUCACCAAUGAAGAGAAGCGGACCUUGCUGGCCAGGCUUGUGCGGUCCACCAGGUUUGAGGAGUUCUUGCAGCGGAAGUGGUCUUCUGAGAAGCGGUUCGGUCUCGAAGGCUGUGAGGUGCUGAUCCCUGCCCUCAAGACAAUCAUUGACAAGUCAAGUGAAAACGGAGUGGACUAUGUGAUCAUGGGAAUGCCACACAGGGGACGGCUGAAUGUGCUUGCGAAUGUCAUCAGGAAGGAGCUGGAGCAGAUUUUCUGUCAGUUCGAUUCAAAGCUGGAAGCAGCUGAUGAGGGCUCCGGGGAUAUGAAGUACCACUUGGGAAUGUAUCACCGCAGAAUCAACCGUGUGACUGACAGGAACAUCACCCUAUCCCUGGUGGCGAACCCUUCCCACCUGGAGGCUGCUGAUCCUGUGGUGAUGGGUAAAACCAAAGCUGAGCAGUUCUACUGUGGGGACACUGAAGGGAAAAAGGUGAUGUCCAUCCUCCUGCAUGGGGAUGCUGCCUUUGCUGGCCAAGGCAUUGUGUACGAGACCUUCCAUCUCAGUGACCUGCCAUCCUACACAACCCAUGGCACUGUGCAUGUGGUUGUCAACAACCAGAUUGGCUUUACCACAGACCCUCGGAUGGCUCGCUCUUCUCCCUACCCUACUGAUGUGGCCCGUGUGGUAAAUGCCCCCAUAUUCCAUGUCAACUCUGACGACCCUGAAGCUGUCAUGUAUGUGUGCAAGGUGGCAGCUGAGUGGAGAAACACCUUCCAUAAGGAUGUGGUCGUUGAUCUGGUUUGUUAUCGGCGCAAUGGCCACAAUGAGAUGGAUGAGCCCAUGUUCACGCAGCCACUCAUGUACAAGCAGAUCCGCAAGCAGAAGCCGGUACUGCAGAAGUAUGCAGAGCUGCUGGUGUCCCAGGGUGUGGUCAACCAGCCCGAGUAUGAGGAAGAAAUCUCUAAAUAUGAUAAGAUCUGUGAGGAAGCAUUUACCAGAUCCAAAGAUGAGAAGAUCUUGCACAUCAAGCACUGGCUGGAUUCCCCAUGGCCAGGCUUCUUCACCCUUGACGGGCAGCCCAGGAGCAUGUCUUGCCCCUCCACUGGCCUGGAGGAGGAUGUUUUGACCCACAUUGGGAACGUGGCCAGCUCUGUGCCUGUGGAGGACUUCACCAUCCACGGAGGGCUAAGCCGGAUCUUGAAGACUCGCAAGGAGCUGGUAACAAACCGCACUGUGGACUGGGCUCUGGCAGAAUACAUGGCAUUCGGCUCACUCUUGAAGGAAGGCAUCCAUGUCCGGCUGAGUGGCCAAGAUGUGGAGCGGGGCACCUUCAGCCACCGCCACCAUGUACUCCAUGACCAGAACGUGGACAAGAGAACCUGCAUCCCCAUGAACCACCUCUGGCCCAAUCAGGCCCCAUACACUGUGUGUAACAGUUCAUUGUCAGAGUAUGGCGUCUUGGGCUUUGAGCUGGGCUUUGCCAUGGCAAGCCCUAAUGCCCUGGUCCUGUGGGAGGCCCAAUUUGGUGACUUCAACAACAUGGCUCAGUGCAUCAUUGACCAGUUCAUCUGCCCAGGACAGGCCAAGUGGGUGCGGCAAAAUGGCAUCGUGCUACUGCUGCCUCAUGGCAUGGAGGGCAUGGGUCCAGAGCAUUCUUCUGCCCGCCCAGAGCGGUUUCUGCAGAUGUGUAAUGAUGACCCAGAUGUCCUGCCGGACCUUCAGGAAGAGAACUUUGACAUCAAUCAGCUUUACGACUGCAACUGGAUUGUUGUGAACUGUUCCACCCCUGGCAACUUCUUCCAUGUGCUGCGGCGACAGAUCUUGCUGCCCUUUCGGAAGCCGUUAAUCAUCUUCACCCCCAAAUCCCUGCUGCGCCAUCCUGAGGCCAGAACCAACUUUGAUGAGAUGCUUCCAGGAACCCAUUUCCAGAGGGUGAUCCCAGAAGAUGGCCCUGCAGCUCAGGACCCAGACAAGGUUAAGAGGCUCCUCUUCUGCACUGGCAAGGUGUAUUAUGACCUCACCCGAGAGCGCAAAUCCAGAGGCAUGGAUGAACAGGUGGCCAUUACAAGGAUUGAGCAGCUUUCGCCAUUCCCUUUUGACCUCCUUCUGAAGGAAGCACAGAAGUACCCCAAUGCUGAGCUGGCCUGGUGCCAAGAAGAGCACAAGAAUCAAGGCUACUAUGACUAUGUGAAGCCAAGACUUCGGACUACCAUUGACCGUGCCAAGCCUGUCUGGUAUGCUGGCAGAGAUCCAGCAGCUGCUCCAGCUACUGGCAACAAGAAAACCCACCUGACAGAACUGCAGCGCUUCCUGGACACCGCUUUUGACCUGGACGCCUUUAAGAAAUUCUCUUAGAUGCUCUUGGGGUUACUUGGGCCGUGGCCUCCCAUGUCCAUGAUGCUCCUUGCUUCUCAAAGAAUAGUGCCUCAGCACUGUCUACACUUCUGUCUUUGCUGUGCUGCACACUCCCCUGCUCUCAUAGGAAUUAGGCUAUGGUCCAUUCAUGUGCUCAGAUGCUCCCAUGGAGGUGGUGAGGAGCAGGAUGAGGAAAGGGACUCCUUGAAGACAUCUGGGACAAGGCAGCUUUGGCCCAGCACUCCCCACUGUGUCAUCCCCCAGGGUAGGAAGCCCACGUGAGUCCCACGUGGUUUCCCAGGGUGCUAGCAGUCCUUGUCACUCAGCAAGCAACAGAUCCAGGACUGUGGAUAACAUUGCCUUGCUGGGCCUAGCUGAGAAGCCACAGAGGAACUGUAACUAUUGAGUGAGCAGAAGAUGGUCUGAGGCAGCAGGGAGGCCUCAGCCUCAUCCAGCCCAACAACAUAAGAUCCAACCCACUGCCCUUUGUGGAGCCCAAGCCUUGUGUGAAGACUCUGCCCUACCCACUAAGGCUAGGCUCUGAGUAGGGUCCAGAAACCCUCUUGAGUCCCACAGCCCAAGCACUGGCUGCCCUCUUGGGCUCUUCCUCUCCUCUAGCCUCCUUUCCAGGCACUCCAUUUUCUUCCUGCUGUCCCUUGAAUGCAACGGAGACUCGGUGUACCCUUUCCUUUGCUAUACCAUGACAGGUUAAAAGCAGAAGAGGGAGAGGUGAGGGCAGACUGGACCGAGGGAACAUCUGCCCCCUUCUUCCCUCACUUAGACCUUCACAGGACAGAUUGAUUUAUUUAUUUUGUUUUUUGUUGUUCUUUUUUUUUUUUUUUUUUUUUUUUUUUGAAGACCAAAAACAACUUUGCAUUGCAUUGGCUUGACCCAUAAACUAAGUUAUCCAUGGCCAACUUA